AUGAAUUUCCCUUAUCUUUUUAAGGCUUCUCCCCCACAGUUGCUUCUUUGCAUUAGCCUUAUUGUUGUGUGUUCCUCUCAAUCAAUGGACGUGGGCCAAAGAAGUACCUACUUUGACCCUGGAAGAAUAACAUGGUGAAAAGAAAACUGAAGCAUAAAUCCUAUAGUUCUUGACACAGUAACAACUAGCGCUACAGCGACUUUUACAUUCAAUUUUAGGCUCUCUAAUGAUAUUUCGAACGGGAUUAUUGAAAUUACUUUUCCUUCUUCAAUAUCUUUAUCAGGAGGCCAAACUGUAACAAUUUCUUCGGCAUCCUAUUAUGGAUCCCAUGAUUCCUCAGUCCAAGUUACAAAUGUAAAACUCCCAAGCACAGCUGGAGCUUAUGGGCCUUUUGCUAUACAGACGAGAAACUGGGCAGGUGGCCAAAUUAUUGAUAUAAAUAAAGUCUUUGGCUGUGUCGCGAUUGUAAGUGCAGUCACCGCAUCAACAUCGCUGACGGUGAAACUUGAUUCUGGAGCGUCAAGUCCUACUAUUGAGUCAACAGAUAACUUGAUAUUCAGCUUCACAAUCUCCCAAGAUCUAUGGAAACAUGAUCUAAUAGUGAUCACCCCUGACUCAACUUGGACUCCAUCCUCUACCGUUUCAUGUCUUUCCCAGAACUCAACCUCCUGAAACAGCGUUUUAUUUGGGCCGAAUAAUGAUGGAAACCUCCCAUGUGCACUCGAUAGCUCAAAAACAAUCACAAUUUAUGGGCUAGCUCAGGACGUUCUGCUUGGUUCUGCCUCUCAUGGAGUGAUUUUGAAGAUUUCGAAGUUUACGCUUCCUAGCGUAGCAUAUCAGUCGUCAGAUUUUAAGUGGAAAAUAAAUAUAGUCAGAUGGGGGACUAAUGCUAUAAUAGCUCAAUAUACAGCAAGUUCAGGACCUACUGGUCUCAGUCCUGGAACCUUGAAGCUGGUAAGCUGGAGCCCAAAUAGCUCUAUAAGUCUAACCGAUGUAGUACAGUCUAUGUCUCUCUAUAUGGUACUCAGCUUUACGACAAGUCACUCAAUAACAGCUGGAGGAAGCGCAAUAGUUACAAUGGCAAACGUAGAUUCCACCAAAAACUGAUGGUCAGAAACAGAUGGGACUAAUUCAAGUGGCCAGAAGUGCUACGUCACUCCUUACGUAAGCGGACUUUCUUGUACCGUUACCUCUGCGACCGUUUUAACUAUAACUACAUCUACCUCUCAAAUCAGUGCCCAAACAUUUUACGUUUAUAUGCUUGUAAAAUUCUUAUCUGGGACUCCUGGAGUAUCCUCAAUCGUCACGAAAAAUUCCGCAGGUAGACAAAUUGAUAUUUCUAGCGCUGGGAUAACCUUUACAUAUAGCACGUCAAAUACAAUUUUCUCUACUUUUGAGUUCUCUGCAAGCCCAAAUUCUCAGCUGAUGGAUGACCCACAGACUGGUUACUGGGUAGGUGGUGCUGGGAAUGGCAGGUACUUAUUCUACACAUUUAGCCCUGCCAAUAGUUGGGAUACGUCUACUACAAUAGACAUAUACUGUCCUCUGACCAUUAUGGGGAUUUCAUAUACACAAAUUUUUGCUGCUCAGGAUGCGACGGUUUAUGAUUAUAGUGGGUCGACUCAGGCCAUUUCAGAGGACGUCGUCAGUCAAUCAGUAUCUCAAAGUAUAACAGUUUACAGCUCCCAUAUAUAUAUUUCUAUAGUGAGCCCGCCAAGUGCUAAUUAUUACUCAAUGGUCGUCAGUGGAAGCGGCCAGACUGCUUAUCCCCUUGUUGCGUCAAACUUGGCGACUUAUUAUGAAUGCUGGGCAAAGGCGAAAACGACGACCACAGGAAGUGCAAGCACUUAUAUUGGAAGUUGGCAGUUCUCAGUCACCCAAAUUGCUUAACUUAACUUAAUAUCUGGCGUUUAAGGUGUCUAGACGUCUCACCCGGUGCGUUGCCGAUGACUCAGCUCCUGCGCGUGUUUCGCCUAAGAGUCAUCUCCCCGUGGAGAUGUGCUGAGAGGUAAAACCCUGAGCCUCUUGAAUGCACUGAGGAGCAGUUCCUUUGGCUAUCCCAAAAGUUAAACCGCUAUUGCUGUGCAGAAGUUCUCGAGAGAAAACCCAAUCCCAAAAAUAAAAUUCCAUGAGGGAGAGCUAAUUUCUCUAGAUCCGAAUGCCAUUUUAUUUAUCAGUCACCCAAAUCACAGCUUCUUCUACAGAUAUAUACACAGUUCCUAUGUGUCUCAGCAACAUUCCAGGCAUCCCUCUGAUUGCUUAUUUUACAGCUUUACAAAUCAACAUGGACUUUUCUACCACCAAUCUGGUAUACCAAAUUACAUUUUCUGGCAUGUCAGAUCUGGGGAUUGGCUUAUCUUCAGGCUCAUCAGUGCCUUUCUAUUCUAGCGAAGUGCCUAAUGCUUCAGUUGUCCUUUCUUCAGACAGCAGCUCAAAUGUGGUGCUAACAAUCACCAAUCUUGGCUCAUUUAAUAUAAAUGAUGUAGCAACUCUUUAUAUUCCUAAAGGAGUGACAGCAACGACUUAUACUGUGACAAACCAGCUAAGCUAUACCCUUUCAAGUAACCCCACACUUGUGUAUUAUGUGUAUUCGAAUUCAGCAACUGUGACUUAUUCCGCAGGGACAACUUUUACUACAGCGACUACUCUUACCUCUUAUACUAAAACAGUUAACCAAGAUUUCAGCAUGUCUUUUCAGCUAGCUACCUCUCUGGCAAAUGUUGAUAAAUACAUAGGCAUCGUCAUCCCUCAAGGCUUCCAAGUUUCUUCUUCUACCACAAUGGCAGUCAGUGGGAUCAAUCCGACUAACUACAUUUAUAUUUCCUCAACAGACCAAAGAUUUAAGGCUGGAGUUGUCAUAGGGACCCAAACUGGAAGUUUCCAAAUAAGCAAUUCUGCUACCCAGCUUGACCUUACUAAUAUCCACUCAGCUUUAGGCGCUUCUUCAGCUUCUGAAAAUAACGUCGCAUUUUAUGCUUUUCAGGCUGACCCCACUUCGGUAGGCUCUGCUUGUCUGGGAGUGACCAGUUCUUCUAUUACAGGGGUUUCUGUUAACAGUGCGACUAUAGCAACUUAUUCAUUUUCGCCUGAUAGUUACCAGCUAAGAGGCCCAGGAGCUGUAAGUGUGACGAUGACCAUCAAUUUUAGCACAGUAAAUCUUGUACCACAGGGAGGAAAAAUAGAAAUUGUACUGAGCUCGAAUUUUGUGGCUGACAGCAGCUUAUCGUCAUGCAAUGUACAAGGACCGAAUGCUGCUAGUGGACUGUCUAUAAGCUGUGCAAUAAGCUCAAAUACACUGACAAUUACAAAUUUUGCAGAUAUUUCAGCGUCUACGAGCGUGGCGGUAUAUUUAAAUGGGUUGCUACCGCCUUCGUCUGGAACAAGUUCGGCUUAUUUGUCUUCUAUUAAGACUUAUGAUUACAUUGGGAAAAUCAUUGACUUGGUGACAUCGUUUACUCAGACAUGUUCUUUGAGCACAGCUCAGGAUGUGGGAACUUCUAGUAUCAAGCCAUAUGCUUUUCCUAACCAAGCUGGACUAAAAGCAGUUGAUAUUGAGCUGGACUUUUCUUUAAGUGUGAAUAUCCCAGCAGGUGGGGUUAUCAAGAUCACAAACGGAAUAGGAAGCUGACUUUACACAAGCGGCUCUAUUGCAAACUACUGCUGGAGCAGCUUAAAGUAUUCAUCAUGCCAACUGCAAAAUUCUGCUGUACAAUUAACUCUGUCCAGCGACUACUCUUCAGGAGGCUAUAUUUCUGUAUAUUUAGACGGCGCAAUGGAUUUGCCCAGCAUAAAUGGAACAACUACCAACGGCUUUUCCAUUACUUCUCUUUGGAACGGAGUAACCCUAACUACUGAUUCCAGCUCUACCCCUCUCACAAUCAACGACAACGCUCCCACAACCAUAACUCCUGACUCCACACCAAUUUCUGUCAAUUUUCCCCAUGCAAAUGAGAAAUCUAGAUACAAUUUUACUUUUUCUUCAGGCAGCAACAUAGAUUCUGGAGACUCAUUUUGGAUAGUUUUUCCAAAUACUUAUGACCCAUUUAUAGGAGAUGCUUUGAAUUCGUUAUCAUCACAUGGCCAAACGUACUACUUAUCAUGCAGUUCUUCUGCUUUGGGUAGUAGUAUUUCAUGCUCAGCAAGUCACUGGAUUUUGGUUAUUUCAGGUAUAACUUCAAGCGUUACUGCAGGGACAUCUUUAUCCAUACUUGUGUGGUAUAUAAGAAAUCCAUCAAAAGGAGACACAAGCAAUUUUAUUGUUUACCAUAUGAGCUCAAGUGAGAGCGUGAAGUCUUAUACAUCUUCUUAUGGAAAAGUUACUAUAAGUGACGUUCCUUCUGUUUUGACCUUAAAAGGAGUAAGUGUAGCAGAUAGUGAGUUAUUAGAAACCACAGACUACACCUUUGAUUUCUAUACUUCAGGGACUUUUACAUCUCAAUAUUCCUUCUAUAUCAACUUCCCAGACCAAUAUUCGCUAUAUUACUCUAGAGGAAGCCAGGCAGCUACCUGCAGCUGUGUAUACUAUGACGAAUCCGGCACAACAGACACAGAUUCUACCAAAGCUGUUUCCUGGAACCCAACUACCAGCUGUCAAGCAAGCUACAAUUAUUUUGAAGUCGAAAUCCCCUCGUCUACCUCCCAACAAAUAAAAUCGAAUUACCGAAUUUCAGUCACUUUAUCCUCCAUUCCUAACCCCGAAUAUGGUCUUCCAAGAGUUACCUCAAGCUACUGAGAUAUGACUGACUAUACCACUUUUUCAGACUAUGACUUCUGGACGACAAGAUUUGAAGUUUUGGUCUACGAUAACACAAAUUUAAGCAUUAUUGGCAAAAGCUACGGAUUACUGAAUUCAGCUUAUUUAGGGUUCACCAGGAGUUAUUAUCCUUUGAGCAUCAAUAACUACAGCCCAAUGCUAAUGACUAAUAGAGUUGUGGUAUAUUCAGGGUCACAAAGCAGUGAUUUAGUGAUAAGCACUGGAAGCUGGCCAUGCGUAUCUCAAAAAGUAGUUUUGACACCUACAAUAAAUGCACAGACAUUGGAUAAUGGCGGGAUAAAGCUGACUUCGUCGAUACACGAAUUUACUAUUUAUCAGAUGGUUAAUGAAAUCAAUUUCAGAGUAUCAGCUUCAAGUGCAACAGCAGCAGGACUUUAUUAUGUAGAUUGGAGCACAGCUGAGGUUGUACAAGACGGUAUUGAAAAUAGCCAAUAUGUCGCACCUUAUAAUCUAUUAGUAGAAGUGACUGAUGGGAUCUCCAAAAUGUAUAUGAUCUCUGUUGAUACUAUCCCAAUGCUAUAUAUAGGUUACACAAGUAUCCCAAUAAAGGUCUCAAUUCCAGCAGCCCCUGCUACCGAUAUUUCUGUUAGCCUUGCCUUUGAAAGCUCAACUGGUAUAUCUGUCUAUCCGACUUCUUUAGCAUUCCUCCCUGAUAUCCAGACUUUAUAUUUUGAAAUUAAAGUUGAUAAAAGUUAUGAUACCUCACAGAAAUCACCAAAACUGGUUUUCACGUUGACAGGAACUGAUGCAGCCAUAUUCUUGCAGCCUGAAUCAAAAACACUGAAAAUUACGUCUGGAUCAUCUGGAUCUUCUCCUAUCGCCACCCUCACAGCCAAAGUAAUCAGUGGGACUGAAGCUGUAGUUACUGUAGGCCCUUCCCAAACAGGUCUGCUUUACUGGUACCUAUCAUGUGCACAGACGCCAAUUCCUACUUUUGACGAGCUAAAAACAAUUACUUCUGAUUUGAUUUAUUCUGAUAAUAAUCCAUCGCUAAAUGAACAAUUAAAACGAGACUAUUCUAAUACUGAAGUAAAUCCUAUGAAUAAUGUGGAUGACGAUAUUGUCGCAUUUAUGCGAAGAAAAUACGCAGACCACUGCGAAACUCCUUAUUACGAAGCAGUCCCUAUAUACCAAAACAACCCUAUAACGCUAGAUUUUGACUGGCUGUUUGGAGGAACUAGUUAUACUCUGACUACUUAUAUUGAUAACAGAGUAAUAAAUACAACCUUACUCCAGGCGGCUUCUAAAAACUUUACUACAAGCUCGCUUCCUACUAUCUAUAAAUUCACUGUUUAUUUUUCAGGAAAUAUAGCAUCAAAAUACGCUGAUGGGAUUCGACUGAUUUUGGCUCAGUAUAUGGGUAUCAAUCCUCUAUGGCUUUACGAUCAAAUUGUGACAACCAGCAAAUAUAAACCUGGGACACUGUUUAAUUAUACAGUGCUUUUUGAUAGGUCCAAACCCCAAUACACCUCUGCAAUGAUCCUUCAGAUGAAUUCUCAGUCAUCCCUCGCCAAAGCUGCAGUUCAGUCUUUAGUAGGCUCAGCUCCUACGUUUUCCAGUUUUGCAAUUACUUCUGAUGAAAUUCCUCAAUGGAGCAUUGCCCCAUCCACCUUGGGAGUCACUGAUACUUCUGCCUUCUUUACAGCGACAACAGACACAGAUGGGAUUACUUGCUUUAUGUGUGCGACAAGCAAGUCUCCUGCAACAUUGGCUUCACAGGUCCUUGUAGGUUUGACUACUAAUAACACUAACUCGACGAUUUAUCAUUGUAUAGAUACGUAUGAAAACACUCCUAUGAAUUUUUAUAUUGGCAAUCUGUCGCCUGGGACGACUUAUUAUUGCUAUUUUACGGCUUGCAGCAGUUAUCCGCUGUGGCCUUCUUGUAUUGAAGGGGAUGACUACUCGGGAGUGGCCCAUGUUUAUGCGAAAAUGAAGAACAGGACAACAAGUGGCGGAUGGAUAUUGACGAUUGGCCUUUUGGCUUGCAUGUAAAUUAAAUUGGUGUGGCGAACUAACCAAACUCUUAGCACCUGCAGCUGGGGUAAGCCUAAGGAUUAUGUUGAGGGGAGGAUGAAUUCGGUGAUUUGUAUCCGGCAGGGUCUUAUUUGGCUUUGUGAAGCGCAAAGUCUGACUAAGCUGACGCAGCUCAUUUCAGAUCAAGGUUUUACCUAGGGGCAUGAAUACUUGGGUGUAAAGCGACAGUAGAAACCUUAGGAUCAAUCUGGCAAUUUCUUAGUGCGAUACCGAUAUUUUUGCCCUGGCUUCAAGUUCCGUCUUGGUAAAUACGUCGCCAAGGAAAUAUGUUUUUAGAAUAUUACGGAAGUUGACUCGGUGAUCCAUCCAGCUACACUCUAGCUAGUGUGGGAGCCCAUUUGUGGAGGAGCAUAGCCAAUAGGCAGAGGGCAGGCAGCCGCAAAGGAAAAUGGAAAUGAAACCUCUCUUAGUAUCACAGGGAGCUUUUCUAUAUUCUUAACUAAGAACUAAGGCUAUUUGGCUUGCCUAAUUAUUAGCUAA